AUGUCAACGGAUAAUCGCUUAGUCUGUUAUAACAAACCGAAUCACUCCAGAAUUUGUAUAGAUGUUGUGAAACUACUUGGCGAUAAAUAUGAACUUUCGCUCAAAACCGGGAACUUCAAAGAUUGGAAGUUCAAUUUUGACUCUACUAUACUCAAGUCGCUUCUUCGUGAAGCCUGCAAAACUUUCCUGCGAUCAGUUAUUCCACAUCUAAGAGUCCAGUCAUCACAUAUAAGUCUUCCAUGCCCUCCGACUCUGAAAAUAGUUGAGGUUACAUCAGAGGAUGACAUAGCUGAUACUUGUACAUCCACAUCUCAGCCACAAGUUCAAUUCCCCAGAACAAGAAUAAUCGCGCUUCCUUUUAAUACUCAAACAAAAAGCCUUACCAAAAAAAGAAAAAAGGUAACAGUAGCUUCGUUAUUGGGAGAUGUUGAGUAUUACACUUGUAAGAAUUGUUUCAAGUCUUUCAAUCGGAAGUUCAAUAGAUUCAGGCAUGAGGUUUCGUGUCAAACUUCAGCUUUCCUCUUCCAUUGUUAUACCUGCACAGCAUCAUAUCAACAUCCAACGCAUUUUGCGGAUCAUGUGAGAACACAUGAGAAUAUUAAAAUUGAGUGUCAUACAUGCGAGAAACAAUUUACGACGAAAGGAUCGAUGAGAGCCCACUCACGACUACACAAAUCUGGAAAAAGUGAGAAUUUGGUUACCCCCUCCUCUGGAUUAAGAAGAGAUGGAAAGAGAAAAUGUGCUGCUGUUCAGCAAUCAGAUGCUUCAAUAUCCUUAGGAUCCGUUCGAAUCCCUAUUGAUUUCAAGGUUGAAAUGUGA